UUAAAUCCACAAACUCAACCCUAUGUAUGAAAAUGCAAAAACAUCAUCACCACUUUGAGUUCAUUCAUUGAUUCAUCCCAAUCCCAUCUUCAAAACUUUUACCACCAUUGAUGAAUUGAUUUCAAAUCCUCAUUCUUCAAUGCUGUCUGAGUAAUCAAACCCUACACUAAACCAUGGACAUGGCUUCCGUCUCUCUCACAUUCUCUUCUUCCAUAGUCCCCUCCCCAAUCCCCCAACCCAAAUUCACCAAAACCCACAACAACCCCACAAGACCCAAAGCUUCAACCUUUCGUAUUACCCACUGCGCAAUUUCAUCACCAGUUGUCAAAAAGAAACACUGGAAACAAGGCGAGUUUCCGGGUUUUUCCCAAUCUGAGGGGAGCACGAGGAGAGGCCCAAUUAAGAAAAUCAAGCAAAAAAACGACAGGAAGAACAAUGCUAAGGCAUGGGUUAAUACUGUUACUGAAGCUUUAGCUGAACGCGUGGACAAGAAACAGUGGCUUCAAGCCCUUGAGGUAUUUGACAUGCUCAGAGAACAAUCCUUUUACCAGCCCAAAGAAGGGACUUACAUGAAACUCAUUGUGCUACUUGGAAAAUCACGUCAACCCCAUCGUGCCCAUCAGCUUUUUACCACAAUGAUUGAAGAGGGUUGCGACCCUACUCCUGAACUAUACACGGCAGUGCUCGCUGCAUAUUGCAGGAGCAACAUGAUUGAUGAGGCCUUUUCAAUUCUUGAUGAGAUGAAGAAUCAUCCUCUUUGUCAGCCUGAUGUUUUCACUUACAGUACGUUGAUAAAAGUCUGCAUAGAUGCUUUCAAAUUUGAAUUGGUUGAGUUGUUGUAUGAAGAAAUGGCUCAAAGAGGCGUUGUGCCUAAUACGGUCACGCAGAACAUUGUUUUGAAUGGUUAUGGCAAGGCAGGGAUGUUUGAUCAGAUGGAGAAAGUUCUGUCGAGUAUGCUGCAGAGCACUGAUUGCAAGCCUGAUGUUUGGACCAUGAAUACGAUCAUUGGUGUCUUUGGUAAUAUGGGUCAGAUUGAUAUGAUGGAGAAAUGGUAUGAAAAGUUCCGUAAUUUCGGGAUAGAACCAGAAACACGCUCUUUUAAUAUCUUGAUCGGUUCGUAUGGAAAGAAAAGAAUGUAUGACAAAAUGUCAUCUGUUAUGGAGUAUAUGCGGAAGUUGCAAUUUCCUUGGACCACCUCUACGUACAACAAUGUGAUUGAAGCAUUUGCAGUUGCAGGGGAUGAUAAAAACAUGGAGUAUACAUUUAAUCAGAUGCGUUCUGAGGGUAUGAGAGCAGAUACCAGUACGAUUUGCUGCCUUAUCAAUGGUUUUGCAAAUGCAGGGCUCUUCCAUAAAGUGAUUAGUACUGUUCACUUGGCUGCGAAGCUUGAGGUACCCGUGAACACUGCCUUUUAUAACGCAGUCUUAUCUGCGUGUGCAAAGGCGGAAGAUUUGAUGGAAAUGGAGAGAGUUUUCACGCGUAUGAAAGAUAACCAAUCUCCACCAGAUGACACAACUUACUCAAUCAUGAUCGAGGCAUAUAGAAAGGAGGGUAUGAAUGACAAGAUAUACUAUUUGGAGCAGGAAAAGCAGACAAUGAUAACUGCUGAUGAUAAGACAGCGAGCCAGCCCGAGGAUGAAAUCUUUAGUUGAUUUGUUUUCUUAGUCCAGACCGCUGUUUAAUUUCAUUUUGGCAUGGUGGAGUGAUUAGUUACUGAGUUGCUCUCCAGCUUCAUUUUUCAUGAUGAAUGGCUGCCUUUCCUACCUAACUUCUACUUUGUUGUAAAGUUGAAUUUAAUUUUGUCAUCCAUUUUACUUAUAGAGGAAAUUUAAACAUCUGCAUCUUUUAGUGUA